AUGGGGGGCUCUCUGAAUUCGACCGUACUUACUGUGAACAGCAAAUUUUGCCGGCACGUCUUUGAAAUCCAGGCCAGGCGCGCGCAACUCACGCAGCACUCCGAAGAACUUGAAGUUGAAGUGGACUUACAUAGGGCCCCAAAACGCGACCUUACUUGUAUCCAGAAAAUCUACUUGCUAAAGAAGACCGGUUUGGCCUUUACUUUAAACAAAACAACACAACGCGGCCUAAAUCAGCUGCCAGCUGACACCCAUGGGAACAUGUGCCACUCCUCAACACUGGCCGUUAGCACAGUGUAUUGGGAGCAGACGUCAGUCGUACACAGCAGGUCUGGAAAAGGCAAAAAGCAGGCGGCAAUGGCGCUGAAAGCAACAAGCCAGCUGCUCAUCAUUUUACGUGCGCAAAUAUCGUCACUUUCACCAGAAUCCUUUGGCAGCUGA